AGAAAAUAUUCCGAAAAUUCUUUUCGCGGAAAAUGCUCACCAGCAGAAGACCUACUGUACGUAGUCUCAACGAACAGUUAAAUGAUUGCUUCUGGGAAAAACGCGAAAAAGAUAGGAUAAAAAAAUCUCAUGGUCAAGGCACAGCUUUUACCUCCUACCCAUGACGCCGAUAUGAAAACGCUAGAAAUUUCCGCCCAGAUUUCUCAAUAGCCGUUCUCAGGAACUCGUUAUUUUCCAUUAAAAAGUUUCGAUGCGCUGAACCUCCCUUGGUAAAGCGCGGAACAGUACCUCUACGAAAUUCAGUCGCGCAGUCGUGCUAUAACGCUUUCAGAUUGCACAUUGCUCUUAACGUACUCUGAAAAAAAGUGAGUUUUACCGAAAUCUGACCAUGUCUCUGCCAUCGUGGAGUGAUAUUCAAAAGACCGGGGAACAAGUGUGGCAAGAUGCAACGAAAAUGGGUAUUCAAACUGAAAAAACCGCCGAAAGCAUGGUGUUCGACAAUUUCAUCUAUUUGCGUUACUUGGUGAUGAUGACCUUCGGCAUUCAAGGAGUAAUGUGGGCCAUAUCGUCAUGGUUUAAAACUGACAAACUUUACGACUUGACCGGUUCCGUCACAUAUGCCGCCAUCAUUCUCACAAGUUAUAUGUACACCGAAACUACGAAUUUGCGUCAACUCGUUCAGACAUCUUUGGUGCUCGUCUGGGCGCUAAGACUGGGUACGUAUCUAUUCGCACGGAUUUCUACCGACGGAUUGGAACGCAGGUUCUCCGGCGUCAAAGAGCAUCCAUUCAAGUUUCUGUUUUCUUGGGUCCUUCAAGGAAUCUGGGUGGUCGUGACUUUGCUCCCAUCUCUGAUGGUGAACACAACACCCGCGGGACGGCAUCUCGAAUAUGAUCUCAAUAACAGAGAUUAUGCUGCUUACGGACUUUGGGCAUGUGGUUUCAUCGUUGAAGCUACAGCUGAUUUUCAGAAAUCUCUCUUCAAAAGCGACUCUGCGAACAAGGAAAAAUUCGUGAACGUGGGACUGUGGAGGCUCUCUCGGCAUCCCAACUAUCUGGGAGAAAUAAUCAUGUGGUUUGCACUCUAUAUUCCCUUGACAAAUGUUCUGACCGGAUGGAUGCGAUGGACUUUCAUCCUCUGCCCGGUUUUCGACAUGCUUUUGCUCACAACCCUCAGCGGAAUACCCGUUCUAGAAGAGAGAGAUUUGAAAAAAUGGGGCUCUGAUCCAGAAUAUCGCAAAUAUUUGAGCAAAACCUCUGUUCUUAUUCCUUACAUGUGGCUUGGAUCUUAUUUGUUCAUCCGGAUUUGCAAGGAGGGUUUUGACAGACGAUUCAAUGGAAUCCGAGACAAACCCGCGAAGUUCGUGAUCCACUGGUUUCUACAAGGAAUCUGGAUUUUUGUGACCCUCCUGCCAUCCAUAAUCGUAAACUUGACGGACUCGAGCCAGCAUGUUGAUCCUAAUCUCAACAAAGACGACUACACCGGAUGGAGCCUCUGGACUGUGGGAUUUCUUAUUGAGACUAUCGCAGACUACCAAAAGGCUCGUUUUCGAUGCGAAAAUGCUAACAAGGGGAAAUUCAUUCACUCAGGCUUGUGGAGUCUGUCGAGGCACCCGAAUUAUCUGGGAGAGAUGAUCAUGUGGUUCGCGUUGUACGUUCCUUUGACAAACGUAAUUUCGGGUUGGAGACUGUAUGCUUUUCUCUUAUGCCCAUUAUUCGACGUUUUCUGGCUGGUGAGUCUGAGUGGAGUUCCACCUCUGGAACAGCAAGGACUCAAGAGGUGGGGAGAUGAUCCGUUGUAUCAUAAAUAUUUGAGAACAACUUCUCUCAUAAUACCUCUCAUCUGGUGAAAGUUUUUGUCUGAGAAUCUUGCAUGAAUUUUGAUUUCUGACAAUCGCAUUGUAAAUAAAUAUGCUACAUAUUUGAAGAAGAAAUAAAAGCACGGCAAAAAACG